AUGGCCUCUUCUGUUGGCUCUCUUCAUACCGAUUCCGAUGGUGCCGGACCCGGCACUCGCACCCCGACUCGCAACCUCCAAGUUUCCGCAGCGGCCGCUGCACCGUCCGAACUCUCACCUCCCGGCUCCCAGCCCCAGCAUUUACCGGAAAUCUCCAAGGCAGGUGACUUCAAACCAGUCAGUGAGGCAGAUCCAAGCCAACUCUCCGGAAAGGGUGGGGAACCGCCCAUCGCCGCCUGGAAGAGCAAGCGUUCCCAGGACGAGUUCCAGCGGGCAAUGGAGCAUGUGAUCGACAAGGACUUCAAUCUAGAUGAGUUCGGUGACCCGUUCGACGAGCGUGACUUGGAGCAAAAACUGCUGUGA